AUGCUUCACGCCGCGGCUGCUCUCGUCGCUGGCUGCUCUGCCAGGGAGCGCUGCGUCAUCAUACUAUGUAUAUACAAUAUAGAACUAAAGUUAGCCACAUGUCUGCUGCGAGUAGUGAGAGCGCUCUACCAGCCGAGAGGCGAUAAUGAGGAGUGCAACGGUGACGUCACGAGGCGCGCGGGCGGCGGGGGGCGCGGGGCCCGGCGGGGGGCGGAGGGGGCCGGCGCGGCGGGACACCGAGGACGGAGCCGCGCGCCCGUUCAUUACGGAGCGUCGGUUGGUGUAGACUGCGCCGGUAUCUGCGGCGGCCGGGGGCCCGCGGGGUUGUCGGCGGCGCGGGAAAGAGCGCGUAAAAAGGCGACCGGGCGAUCCGCGCUCCUUUCACGAGGUCGACGCCCGCGCGGCCCCCCCGCGCCGCCCGCCGCCCGCCUCCAGCCCCCUCACACCCUAAUUUUCCCCAAUUUCAUUACCGCCGUUAUAAUAUAUGCUCGGAGUCACGAUCUAAACUGGAAGGCUACGCUCUCUCCUAUUCUCUCCUCGCCUGCCCGUCUACGUCACCAGACGUCUAUAUUUAGGAUGCUCCGCGAUCGAUUCUUCGAUCUGUGA